AUGGCGUCCGUUGAUGAUGUUGGUGUUGUCGUUCGUCCUUGUCAGAAAAAAGACACGCUUGAAGCAAAGAAGGUCUUCCGUGAAGGAUGCGUCAGUAAUUCACAGGACAUUUUCAGAAUAUUUCUCCACCGCAGUUCCUCUCGUCUCUACAUCAGUGUAAUGGCGUUCCUGGCAUGGCUAGUGUUCAGAUCCUAUAUCGUAGCCGGCUCCGCCAUUAUUAUUUUGAUACUAAUCUUAUAUGCAGUAUCUUAUAUUAAGUCUGUAGCAUACGCUAAAAGUCGCUUAAUGGCAGAUCUUCAGGAUAUAACAAAAAAUUACAUUGAUAACCGUAGAGCUACCUUCUUUGUGGCUGACGAUGGUGGUGACAUCGUAGGUACUAUUUCCCUCAGUGAAAUGCGAUCUGAUCCACUGGCAUUGGAAUUACAGACCCUCAGUGUAUCCAGGCUCUAUCGGAGAAUGGGAAUUGGGAAAACAUUAAUUGAAUCUGCCAUACAGUUCGGAAAAAAGAGACGUUACACAAGGAUACUAGCACACGUAGGUGAAUACCAGUUGGGAGCUCAAGCAGCCUUGGCAAAGUCAGGUUUUUAUCUGAAAUCUAAGAAAUUAGUUACUUUUUUUGCAUUCUUUCAACUUUAUCAAAAAAUUUAUAUCUAUGAUUUUAAAAAAUAG